AUGACAGCACUGCUUCUCUGCAUCAUGAGCCAUCUCUGUGUGCCUCAGGUGGCCACCCUCCACAAAGGCCUGGACCGCUGUGCUGCUCUCCUCGGGGACAUCCUCCAGUGUGAAAACACAGGUGCAGCUGCAAACCAAGCCAGCGCUGAGAAGGUCAACACCCCCAAACGCCGGCCGCACACUCCCACCGGGAAGAAGGCCAUCAGGAGGUCCGUCUCCAAGUCGGCUUCAAACCCCCGAAGUGUGCAGGCAGCCCUUAGGAAAUCCAUCCCCAAAGCCUCCGCAGCUUCCACCACUCCCCAGAGGUACCCCGCCCACUCCGGCAUCAAGCUCCCUCCCCCUGUCAGGAGAGCAUACCCCCUGAAAACCCCAUCCAAGUCCCCCAGAUCGCAACCUCCACAGGCCCCUAUCACCCCUGAUGCUCUGGACCAUGUGCCCGAGAGGGACCAGGGGCCGGGGGCGGAGGCCGGGGGUACGAUGAGGAGAGUGCAGUGUCUGCUGGGAGAACUGAGGAGUCUGAUGGCUGGACAGGGAGGCUCGGCUCAGACGUACUUGCAUUUGCUGGAGCAGACCGCGAUCUCCGCUCUGACCCCCGGCACCAGCACGACCCAGACUGAGGCCACAGAGGCUCGGCUCCAGAGGCAGAUAAACGUUUUGAACGAACAACUGCAGGAGCAGGAGGCGACACAGAAGCUUCUGAACUCCAGAGUGUUGAAUUUGCAGGGGCAGCUCGAUGAGGCAGAGAAGCGGCUCACUCAGACCCAGAACUCCCUCCUGGAGACCGAGGACAAACUCCAGAGCAGAACAGAGGAAAGCUUGUCUCUGAAAAGUGAGCUGGAGAGCACCAGAGGAAGACUGAAGGCCUCUCUCCAGGACAAGUUCAACCUGGAAAGAAGACUUCAGGACCAGCAGCAGGAGGUCCAGACAUUACAGCGAAUAAUUGACAGUUUGGAUUCCUCGACCCCCACGCUCCAGAAGCCACCAGGCCUCACCAAAGAGAACAUCACUCAAUACCUCCUGUCCCUGGAGCAGGGGCCUCAGCAGGGGCCUCAGCAGGGGCCUCAGCAGGGGCCAGAGCGUGGCCUGGACUUGGCUCUCAGCGACUGGAGCGACCGGUCCGAGUCCAGCUUCAACACCCGGGACGAGGCUGCGUUCCGGGACGGCCUGGCUGCUCUGGACGCCAGUAUCGCCAGCCUCCAACAGACUCUGAAACUGGACUUGGUCAAAACGUGA